UCUGGCGGUCUAUUUGAAUUUACAGCAAAACGCGCUACUGAUGAUACUACCCAAGAGAAGUUGGCCGUCUGGGUAAAGUCGUGCAUAUUUGGAUCACUGUUGAACACAACCAUUCGCUAGUUUACUGCGAAAGUGUCGGAAACUUCCAGUGAAAUGAAACUUAAGGGUGUUAGCAGUUCAUCUCAAAGUCAACAGGCUGCUUUAAGGGAGAUUGGAAAUAAUUCAAAUGGUGUGAAGACAAGGAAGACUGACCCGACUUCACAAAGUUCCCUUUUUAGUGUAGAUGAGAAAGCUACUUCGAAGUUGCAUCAACUGAUAAACUUCUCCUUGAUCUCAAAGUCCUUAAAUUUAAGCCCUAUUCACUGGAAAUCCGUACCACAAUUACAUGGGAUCAAACGCAAGCAUAACUCCGCUGUUUGCGGUGUUAUCAUAAAGAAGAGAAAAAAGAAUAGGAAGAUUAUCAAAGCUUCUUCGUCUGAGGAUGCAUCACUGGACAAAAAUAAAGAGGAAAAUAAGCUAAUCAGGUAUGCUGAAGCAAACGAAGUUCUGGAUCAACCUAAUAUACUUCAAAAUGUUGAAUCGAAAAGUGACAGUCUUCAGCCUCAAAUCACGACAGAUGGCAAUUUAUCUGAGGAUUCAUGUGCUACUGCUGCAGUCGGAAAGCGCCAGCGUCGUCUUACUGCCAAGGCUGCCGAAGCAAUGGCGGCGGAAACCCUAAGAAAAAAGCGUAGGAACGUAGUAGUAGGUUCGUACGGCAAAGGAAAGGUGUUUUCAGAUGACGAACAACUAGGGUCAGAGAAUGAAAACAAAGCUGUAUGUGUGUCUAAAACAGUCGCCAAAGUUGCUGCUGCCACUCCUAAAAAGUUAUUUGGUUCACUUAAAAAAAGUCCACGAGAUCAUACUACACCGUUGCCGGAUAGAGGCAAACCUGGGCUAGACACAGAAAAUAAACGUUUGGAUAUUUCUACCAGUGAAAUUUUGCCUUCUUCUACUCCUAUUGGAGAGGAAUAUAAUUCCUUGUCAGAAACUUGUAGCAACGUAACACCUAUCCUGCCUGCCUCGCUAUCUCUCCUAGAAGAUAGUGAAACUAUCAAUGGUACUAAAGACGAAAGUUUUGGUGACAUCGCAACUGCAGAAGUAAUUACCGAAGACAAACCUGGUGUUCUAGUUAGGAAUCCUUGUGAAGUUAAAUCUUUAUCUGAUGAACAUGGUGACCGGAAAGAUAGGCAUCCAGGUGAUACUAAUCAAAACGAUCUAGUAAAUAAAUCUGUCCCAGUUCUUGAUGCAGAUCUAAAUCAGAACCAGGAGGUAUCGAGAGUAACUGAUAGGUCAUUUAGUGGUUCAAAGGAAUCAGAAGUCGGUGAGUUAAGCAAUAAAACAUUACAGGUCUCCGAAGAAUUACUGACUCAGAAGGAUACUAUUGGUGAUACCAAGGAAUUUAAAAAUAAUGCCCAUAACGAUCAGCAGCAGCCUGAGAUGAAUAGUGAAACACAAGAGAAUGCCGUGAACAGUUCAAUGGACGACUCUGCAAGCACACCACCGAUGAGAUCUGAUGUUCAGAGUCCACCUGUUACCAAGGCAAGCAAAUCUAAGGCACAGAAGCGUAGUCCAUCCCCUGCAGAUGUUGCUGUUAUGCGAAGUAAACGUCGUCUGAAAGUCAACCAUCGUUUUAUAGAUGAUUAUGAUGGCUACUUAGGUUUCAUGAGUGGCGGGCAUCGAAGUAGAGCGUCUUCUGAAGUAAGUAAUGGUUCCGAGGAAAGUAGUAGUCGAAAUUUGGAGCAAUCUACUCGACAUUCACAAAGACCUGCAAAAUCUCGCCUACUUUCUUGGUAUGAUAAAAAGCACUCAAAUGAAAAAGUGAAGAAAGCCAAUUUGCCUGAAAAUUCAACUAAGUCUUCCUCUAAAGGAUACAAAUCAAAUGAUGAUCAUCAUGAUAACAGGCAAGAAGAAAAGUGCAGUAACAGAUCCGUAACAGGCCUUAGGCCACGUGUCAAACAGGUCAGCCGGCCCUCUCUAAAUCGUGAAGAUAGUCGCUACUCUUCAACUUUAUCUGCAAUGGUACACGCUGCCCGAUUGGCCGCGAUUGGCGCCAAAGUUCCUGGAGGUGUUAGUCCAGUACAUGCUGCUUUAGCUGCUUCCUCUGCUCAUUCGAAUAGGAUGAAAGACAAGCAUCCUGAUUCACGUGUUAAUGGUCAAGGUGGAAUACCACAAGGUUCACCCUAUCCUACAAAACUGGGUGGUACCAGUCAAAAUACAGCUCGCUUACCAAAUCGAUGUGGACAGUGCCGAGCAUGUUUGGGUCUUAUACAACCCUGUGGAAAAUGUAAUGACUGUCGGUUGGUGGGUAGUAAUGAUCCACGAGGUAGACCCUGCAAGGAGCUGAUAUGUUUUAAACGUCGUGCUGCUGCUGCUGCUGCCGCCGCCUCAGAAGUGGGUCUAAAGUCAGGUCCAAGGGUUAAAUUUCCGUCGAACUAUUCAUCGCCAAGUCCCAAUACCAAUUUGCCUAUAUCUGGAUAUAAAGGCGCCUUAUCAACUAGUAAUAAUAAUCAUGUCACUAGUAGAUAUUCUUCAAAUAAAUCUGAAGAUGAACUGGAUGAAUCUAUUAGCUUACUGCAAACCGUUCCAGGAUUAGCACAGAAACUGGAAUUAGAUGUUUGGUUACCUUCAGAUAGUUCACAAAAAAUGCAUGCCAACGGAGUAAAUAUUUCGUAUCGUAAGCAAAGACGUGCUGGUAAAAGUUUACAUGUGGGUCCUGAACUUCAGGUAACCCCUAUUCGAGGCGGAGAUCUGGGCAUGCAUUUCAAUUCAAAUAAUGGAGGUGAUGAGAAUGAAGAUUCUGAUCGUGUACGACCUGUUGAAGGGGAAGUUAUCGAUAGUGAGUUAGCCAUACAUGGAGGCUAUGCAGUUGUAACUUCUUUAGCUGCAGCUCCACCUAAAGAGAUCUGUUAUGUGUGUGGCAGUGGUGGUGGACAAAUGUUGUUUUGUGUAUCCUGUGCUGAGCCUUUUCAUUUUUAUUGUGUUGAACGUCAAUUCAGACCACGUAAAAAAGAAUAUUUUGUAUGUCGAAAUUGUACAACAUGUAAAGUCUGCCGUCGUCCAGCUGCUGAUUUGCGUUGUAUACAGUGUUCCAGUGGUUAUCAUCCAGAUUGUUUAUCAGAUUUUCCACCUUCUCAAACUAGUCAAAGAGGGAGUUGGACUUGUCCAGAAUGUUCAGUUUGCCUGCAUUGUGGAGUUAAAGCGUGUAAACCAGCUGAAACCACUGAUGGUAGUGGUACGUCUUCAGUUCGAGGCAGUCAUACAGCCUGGUCACACGACACGAACAAGUGUGCUGCAUGCUGUCAGGCUGAAUCUCAAGGUGAUGUUUGUCCAGAGUGUGAGCGGGCUUAUUUAUCAACCGCCAAACAAAUGAUUCAGUGUGAUAGUUGCCACCUUUGGAUGCAUAGAACUUGUACAAAGCUAACAGUUGAUGAAUAUGAAUUCAUUACCAGGAUGCCUGUUGGACAGUUGAGUAAAUUCGUUGUUACCUGUUCCGUAUGUCAAAAAGAACAAAGAUCUCAGCAAAAAUCCAAUGUUUCCCGUAAUAAUAAUAAUCCUAAUAAACAGAAUGACUUUACUGGACAAAGUACAAGUGAAUCGAGUGAAGAUAGUGAUGAUAAUGAUGAAGGUGUGGAGUCUGCAGCUAGUGGUGCACAGCAAUUACGACUUAUAGCACAAGAAACACUUAUGGAAAGAAUGUCUAGUUUAGUACAAUGUUGUCGUAAAUCUAUUAGUAUUGAUUACAAUGCUGGUACAUCAAUGAAUUCACCAUCUUCCGUUUUUUUCCAUAGUCCAACAGCUAGUUCUAUUGGGAAAUCUUCAGGAUUAUGGACUAAUGGAAUUGAUAAAGAUGAGCAUACAACUGGACAGUGUCUUCCGCAGUGUGAUGGUUUGGUUGAGUCUGACUCUGGAGACGAGCUGACUGCUGCAGUUGAAGCUGCUGCUUCCUUAUGGGACCCUACAAUGGAGAUCUCUAAUCCUAUUCCUGCCAAUUCUGAUCCUUUAUCUUCAGUUACUAUAGACAGUCCUAUCCAUCCUGAUAAGUCAUCGUGUGAAACUGUUCUUGAUACUUUUAGUGCCUCAGGAAUUCCUUCAGAUGCAGUCAGUGAGUUAUCCCAUUCAACCUCGCAACCUCUGCAAACAGACAAUUCUUUGUUAACAACACCUGCGGAUUAUGUUAGAAACUUACAUAAUGCAGUUGCAGAUGAAACACCUAUUUCCCAUAAUCAACCAUCUCAACUUAGUGUUAAUACUUCAUCAUCUAAAAAUGAAUCUAACUUGGUACAUUCAACUGCUUAUCCAAACCGUAGACGUUACAGUUCCUCGAGUUCAUCAAGUUCACGUCAAUUUGUUUUCCCAAACCCACCAAUCAAUGCACACUGGCUUGUCGAAAAAGAAUCAGAGCCCAUAUGGACUACUCCUCGUUCGUUGCUUUAUCGUCUACUGAUAAGAAUUCUUCAACGUUUAUCUUUGCAUCCGGUCAGUUCUACAACAGCUGUUGCAUUGAGAAAACUUCUUCGAUGGCUUUCCACUGUAACAGAGAGCCUCUUCCCAUGGCAUAAUAUUAAUGACAUGGCUAGCGAUGUUCGUGAUAUUUUACGUCAACUUGAUGGUAAAUUCAGUGAAGUCAUGAAACAUUUUCAUGAGCGUGCUUUAAUUGAACUUCACGAAUUGAUUUGUCCAGUGAUAGCUAGAUUGAAUGAAAAUUGUCCAUGUACUCGAAAUCCAUCAACCGGUCAAAUGGUUUAUAGUGUACAAAAUAUCGCUGCAUGUUAUUCACGCAUUCAAGAACACUUAAAAGAGGAUCAUCCAAAUUAUGAGUUGAACGAAUCAAUAGAAAUCAAUUCUUUAGAGUAUGCCAAGCGAUAUUUAUCUAUAUGUAAGCGUUCACGUUGUCGGCGUCCGCAUGAAGUGGAAAUGUUAGAACAAAUGAAACAAACUGCUAGAGAUGAUCGAUGGAUUGAACAUUGGUCGUCAAUUGAAGAGAAAAUGGUUGUGGAAAAGUUUCAAACUCAAUUACUGAAAUUGUACAAGACACAUCUUCUUGAAUCUGAACAACUACCGGAAUCAAUUAUUCAAGCUGUCCUAGGUAAAAAGUGCGAAAAUACUAGUCAUCCUUCUUCUUCUUCUUCUGCUUGUAAUCUACAACAAAUUGAUUCCGAUGAUCGUGAAUCAACUCAAUGCGAUUCGGAAACUCCUCCUGUAAACAAUGAUACCGUCGAAUCGUCAAAUCAAGAAGCUGACAAUAAGGUGAAAGUGAAGACUGAAAGCAUUGGUGAAAAUAUACAUGAUUCAAAUAUAGCCACACAAUCACAAUCUCUGGAAGUUGCUAAUGAUACAAAACUACGCACUUAUGCACUAAUUGAUGGAGGACGUUUUUAUUUCGCUUCGGAUAAAUUCUGGAAGCAGGAUGAAUUGGGAAAGCAUCUUAUUUUUGAUGGUCGUGUUCCCCUGCUUCAUUUUGUCGACAUAGAUGACGAUGUUGAUUUACACCCUAAGAUGUUUGAUGAUGUCCUGCAGGGAAAAUUAAAUGAUAAUGAAGAAGAUUUAAGGCGUUGUUUGUUAUGCGGUUAUCAUGGAGACGAUAAUAUCGAAGGUCGUUUAUUGUAUACAGGAUCAGAUACUUGGGUCCAUGUGAAUUGUGCAUUAUGGUGUAAUGAUGUCUAUGAAGAAGAUUCUGGUGAGUUAAUUGGCUUAUCAGAUGCCAUCCGUCGAGGCCGUUCUAGCAAAUGUGCUGAUUGUGGUAAAUAUGGUGCCACUCUGUAUUGUUCAAAUAUGAAAACUGAUGUUUGCCCUCUAUCUUCAUUGGUUCAAUCCAAUGAUAACGAUCCAGAUUGUUUGGGAGCUGUACAUUUUUCCUGUGCCUUAAGACGACGCCCUCCGCUACCAAAAUGCAUUUUUACUGCUGAUCGUUCUUGGUUCUGUUCUCUUGUGUGCCAUCAAACAGCCGUGAAUCGACGCCUAGCUGAAGCUUUACUUUCUUUGAAAAAAGCAUCUAAGACAAAUCGUGAUCGGAAAUUUGGCUAUCCUGAAUCAAUGGAUGAUCAGUCGUCUGAUGAAGAAAUGUCAAUUGAUGCAAUCGAUCCUGCUGAUUUUGUCGACCACCCUGCAUUCCCUUCAAUCGAAGGAGCUGUUGCUGAUGAUUUGGAGCCGAUUGGUCUGGGUGAUUUACUUGUUUGUCGUCGAGUAUUUGUUGCCUCUGAUUGUUUUGCUGCAUCAGUUUAUCCACAAUCGUUAAGUGGAGAUCUUAUUACAAAUACUUUUCUUAUGAGUGAUGCAGAGCAUGCUGAAAUGAUGAGAGCAGCAAAAGAAGCUGUAUCUACACUUGCCGUUUCACCGAAUUCACUUGCUUUCCUUCAAAAUAAUGGUCUUUCUGCAAAUAGUCUUGUCAUCACGAUAGGAUCUUUGAGAAUAGACAGAUUAGGUGAAGUUCGAGAAGCAUCUGAUUCUUUGGCCAUGGCUAAAUGGAUUCCAGGGUCGUCUGAAGAACGUACUAAUAUCACAAGAAGCAAUUUCUUGUGUCCUAUAAAUUAUCGCGCAAGAAGAAUUUACUGGAGCUGUUCAAAACUUGAUUCUCGCGUUCCGUAUACUCUUCAUGUAAGGCAAAACCAAGCAGCACAUACAUCGUCUGGUUAUAUGGAAUCACAUUCUACUCCACGUUUAUGUUCUAUUUUGAGCAGUACUCCCAACAAAUCUAAUUCCUUAUUAAAAACGCCAAUAGCUACUUCUACUAGCCAAACUUCAGGUCACAGGAGUCUUCGUCUAGUCAGUACUGAUAGCCGUGUAAACAUUCUGAAACCAGUGAAUUAUAUAUCUCCACCGCAUACAUAUACUUCAGUUCAAGAUGCUUCGAAAACUCUAACAGCUGUGUUGACUAACGCUCUGCCUAUCGUGACCUCUUCAGUCACACUCAUAAACAGCAAUGAAUCUACUGUUUUAAUGAGUCAUACUGGAGGUCAUAUUAUUAACACUGUUACGUCUUAUUCAACGAUUGUACCAGUCAGCAAUUUCCAAUUUGUUAGUAGUUCUAUAAACACCAUUCCAACGAAUCAAAGGCAAAUGAUUCAGUCGCCUUUUGUAAAUAGUCAAAAUUCAUCUCUAAAAAUAGUAAAUGCUGUCUCCCUUUGUCCUCAACCGAGUUCACAACAAAUUCAACAACAUCAGUUAUCGACUCCACAAUAUGUAGUCCCAAUUCAUAUUGCCUCUCAGACUCCAGGAAAGAUUGCUAACAAUGUGAUAACACUUAACAGUGCAAAUAAUAAAGAUUUGGGUUAUAGAAUGGGGGGAGUCAAUCGAUUGAUAGCUCCUGCUAAUACACAAAUGAGAAUUAACAAUGUUAACAUGAUACCUGUUAAUAGACAUCAAUUACAAUCACAACAAAAUCACCAGAUACAAUUACAGCAAAUACAACAACAACAAUCUCAUGUAAACAGCACGUGUAUUGGGAAACCUGUAAUUUCACCAAGACCAUUUCCAUCAAAUGUGAUUCCAGUUUCAAAUUCAAUAAUCCCUGUACAUCCUAGUGCUGUCACAUCCCAUUUCAGCACUGUAAAUUCUGUCCCAGUCAGUAUGAACAUAAAUAAACCUGUCACUAUAUCUCAAAGUAAAGUAAAUAACUCCACAGUGAUACGUAUACAAGGUGUGCAUACUAAUCAAAGGCCUAGUGGAUUAUUAACUACACCAACUAAAGAUGUACAAUUAGCAACUCAGUUGGAUGGUUUAUUUCAAAACAUCUCCACUGUCAGAAGUCAGAAUAAUCAAAGGACUAGUGUGAUGCAGCACUCGCAACCUCAACCUGGCUAUCAAUUACUUCAAUUGGAUGGUACUGACAAUGAUAAUAGUGAAGCUGAUUAUGAAUCUAGUUCACUUCGUCGACGUUUGUAUAAAACCAGGUCAUCAUCUUCAUUAGUAUCUGCUAGUAAUUCAUCGUCAUACUCUGAUAGAGCUACUGCUUCUGGACGUAGUCGGUCACACUAUUCUGAUAAUCGUCUUGCUAAAAAUGAAGUGUUGUGUAGUAAAGCCAAUAAAACCAAUAGUACAGCCAGCACUGUAUCUGUAUCUGCAAAACCAUUGAAACGACGAUGGAUAGAAGAUCGUAUUAGACAACAAGAAUUAGCUAAUUUAGUGUCAAGGGCUAAACAAGCCAAUCAUGCUCGUCUCUAUCAGAAUGAAAUUGAAAAGCAUGCAAGAUCGUUUCGCCUUAAUUUUUCAAUUGAUGGUGUUGUUCGCUCAGCCAAUAGUCCAAUGGCUGCAUGGCGUUCCGUCUUAAUGCGUGUUUCAUCUCUCCGUGAAAAACACGGGAUAAAACCGUUAAUUUGUACAGCUAUUGAUGGAUGGUCACAAUACGGUCUAAGUCAUCGUUAUGCAAUAUUCUUAAUUGAACAAAUGCGUGGGGCACUUCACUGUUAUCGGUAUAGAUUUCGAUAUCACUGGCAAAAGAUUGAUAGAUUACGUCAAAAGUUCACUCCUCCAGUUCCCUGUGCUGAAGGCUGUGCACGUGCUGUUCCAUGGACUAAACCACGUCGCCCACGUGAUCAGGCUCGUGAUCCCCUCGAUUUUCUCCGCUGCAAAGCUAAUCCUCCUCCACGACCUUUAAUCGAUCCUGAAGAAGAAAAUGUGCUUCCGUAUGAAGACGCAUGUCUACCUAAUGCCAAUGAAUCACCUAAGUUAUUAUCGCCUAAUGAGCAAGCUGCUUGUCGAGAAGCUGCUCGUCAAGCUGCCAUGUUAGUAGCAUCUCAGCUUAAACUACCUCAACGUUUGCGUAAAUCAUGUAUAGCAAAGGCUGUUGUACAGGCAACCGGUAUACCAUUACAAACGUCACCUCCGAAGUCAGCGAACGGUGAUGAUGAAGCGCUUAAUUCUAAUGAUCAGGUGUUUGGAUUAAGCUAUACGGAUGACGAAGACAAUUGUUCAGAAUCAUCGAAAUAUGAUGAUGGUGAAGAGGAGCAGGAAGAAGACGAGGAUAUGGGAACCGUUGCCAACCAAUUCAGUCGACUGGUUUCAGGCCCAUUGGCUCGAUAUUAUCAUGUAUCAGUACGUCCAUCUCGUAUACACGGUCGUGGAUUAUUUGCACUAAGAGAAUUUCGUGAAGAUGAAAUGGUUAUUGAAUAUACUGGUGAAUUAAUUCGUAGUGGUAUUUGUGAUGCACGCGAAGUAAAAUAUCGUGCAGCUGGUGUAGAUUGUUAUAUGUUUAGAAUAGAUCCAGAUUGGGUGAUUGAUGCUACAUACGCUGGAAAUGCUGCUCGAUUUAUUAAUCAUUCAUGUGAUCCUAAUUGUUAUGCUAAAGUUAUAACAAUUGACGACAAGAAGCAUAUUGUUAUCUUAGCGCAAAGAAGGAUCUAUCCCGGUGAAGAAUUGACGUAUGAUUAUCGUUUUCCCAAGGAAUCGGAUAAAUUAAUUUGUAAUUGUGGAAGUUAUUCGUGUAGAAAGUACUUAAAUUGAGAAAAAGAAGAAGAAUUAACAAAGAAGAAAAACCCAGUUUAUUUGGCAGCCUGUUUGUGUCUGUUUAUCGAUCUUGAUCUUUGUUAUAUUAUUUAUCUUCUGACUUUCUGAGUAUUUCACCCGCUCACGCUCCACCUCCACCUCCCAGUAAACUGAUCCUUUCAUACUGGGACUUUCACGAAGGAAAUCAAAAUAGAGAGAGGAGUACAGUUGUUAAAUAUUAUAUACUUAUAUAAAAAUGGCAGUUUAUCUUCUGUGUACAAAAGUAAAAAGAUUAGAUGCCUUUUCUUUCUUUCUUUUUUUUGCUUGUAAUUUCUUUUGUUUAUCAUACAUUGUACUGAAUAAAUAUAACUAGUAGGUCAACUUUAUGUAUGUAUGUAUCUGUGAAAAGAAAGAAUAUUUAGACUUUAUUGCAUUUUCCACUGGACUUUUUUUUUAAUAAGUACGAUUAUUACAACUACUCUUACACUAUUGCUUAUUUCAUGCUGCUCUUUUAUUCGACGUAUUGUUAAUUUCUUUUGGUGUAUCUAUCAUUUUAUGAUUACUGUCUUUUUCUUUGUCGAUGAUAACAUACUACUUUUACUUUUUUGCUAGUAGUAGUAGUAGCAAUAGUAGUAAUGGUCGUCUCUGCCUUCUCUGUAUUUUACCCUCCUCCUAUUUGUCGUCAUUACUGACCACCAACCAACCU